AUGCAUUACCGGAAGUCCCAAAAAGCCAACGGUGGCGGAGUUUCUGUUUUGCCUCUGUGUUCCUCGAUACCUUGUAACCCUCUUUUACUUCAAUCUCUGUUUUACUUAGUUCUGACCAGCGUCUGUCAAGGUCAGGACUGUUGUUGUGAUGACACCAACACCCCUGUCUGCGGGGACGACGGCAACACCUACACCAACGAAUGUUUCCUCUCCUGUGCCGGUGCGACGAAGGCAUCCGACGGAGAAUGUGCCAAGUGUGACGAAGGAAUCCGAUUUGGAGAAUGUCCCAAGGUUUGCACCUGUCCAAAACAGCUUUCACAUGUCUGCGGCAGUGAUGGCGUGACUUAUGACAACGAAUGCCAGCUGGAGUGUCAAGGUGCGACGAAGGAAUCCGACGGAGAAUGCCCGACGGUUUGUGCAUGUCCUGAUGUCCUUUCACCUGUCUGCGGCAGUGAUGGUGUGACUUAUGACAACCAGUGCCAGCUGGAUUGUCAAGGUGCGACGAGGGUGUCCGACGGCGAAUGUCCCAAGGUUUGUCUCUGUCCACUUAUCUUUGCACCUAUCUGCGGCAGUGAUGGCGUGACUUAUGACAACGAAUGCCAGCUGGAGUGCCAAGGUGCGACGAAGGUGUCCAAAGCUACGACGAAGGAAUCCGACGGAGGAGAAUGUCCGAAGGUUUGUGCCUGUACAAAAGACCAUGCACCUGUCUGUGGCAGUGAUGAUGACGUGAUUCUUAUGACAACCUCUGCCAGCUGCAGUGUCAAAG